AUGAAGCCUUCGAAAAAGGCGUCGGCGAUUUCCAGGAAAGUUGCCCAAGGUUCCCCGCUGAAUGACGAUGAAAAAUCCAAAGACGAUGGGAAGCUUCUGGAUUUCGAUGAUGUAUUGCCGCACAUUGGAGAAUUUGGGGUAUAUCAAAAAGUUCUGUUCUUGCUGAUGAUACCUUAUGCGUUUUUUGUGGCGUUUGUGUAUUUUACGCAGAUUUUUAUAACCGUGGCUCCGGAAGAACAUUGGUGCUAUGUUCCGGAGUUGGCGCAUUUGACUGCUGAAGAGAGGUUAAAUUUGGCCAUACCCCGUGCAGCUCCAGGCGAAGGCGAUAAGGCCUUCACGUACUCCCAAUGUGUUCGGUAUGAUGUCAAUUUUACAGAACUUUUGGAAAACGGAACCCUAGAUUUGGUUCCGAACCCAAACUGGCCAGUAAGGCCUUGUGACCAGGGAUGGGAGUUUGAUUUUUCGGAAAUACCUUAUGCUUCAAUAACGGCUGAGAUGGAAUGGGUUUGCCAAAAUGCGGCCCUACCCUCUUUUGCCCAAGCCAUUUUUUUCUGUGGUGCCAUAGUUGGGGGUCUAUUAUUCGGAUGGGUUGCCGAUAGAUAUGGACGAAUUCCGGCCUUGACCGGAACCAAUGUUGUUGGAUUUUUGGCAGGAAUGGGCACUGCCUUUGUGACCAAUUUUUGGCAAUUUUGUUUGUGCCGAUUCCUCAUCGGAAUGGCAUUCGAUAAUUGUUUCACUAUGAUGUACAUACUUGUAUUGGAAUACACCGGACCGAAAUGGCGUACUUUUGUAACAAAUAUGGCACUUGGUGUAUUUUUUGCCACAGCCACCUGUUCAAUGGCAUGGCUUGCCGCCUACAUUGACGACUGGCGCAAAUUUACUCUUAUAACGGCUAUGCCAAUGGCUUUUGGAUUUUUAGUUCCUUUCAUUAUACCAGAGUCGGCCAGAUGGCUGUUGUCCCAAGGAAAAGUAAAAAGAGGAAUGAAAAUAAUUCGAAGAAUUGCAAGAGUGAAUAGAAAAGUGGUUGAUGAACGUCUUUACGAAGAGUUCAUCGCUGGCCAACAAAUAGAUGAAUCGAUGCAACGACAUAAAUACACAAUUUUAGAUCUAUUCCGCGCUCCAGAAUUAAGGAAAAAUGUAUUGCUAAUAAUAAUUGUCUGGAUAGGAGUUUCUAUAGUUUAUGAUGGACAUGUGAAAAAUUUAGAAAAUACAGGUUGGAAAUAUUAUCUAUCUUUUACUAUAGCAUCUGCUACGGAAUCUCCAGCCGAUUUACUUUUAAUUGUAACUCUCGACUAUUUUGGUAAGAGAUGGAUGAAUUUUGUGACGCUCAUGGGUUGCGCUGUAUUUGGUUUAUUGGCUGCUUGUGUUCCAAUUGGGGUGCCCUCGGCAAGUCUGUUCAUAAUUAGCAGAUUCUUCAUAAACAUAACGUUCAACAUCGGUUUACAAUAUGCCGUUGAGUUGAUACCCACCGUAGUCCGAGCCCAAGGGAUGACUUUUAUUAUGGUCAUGGGAAGCACCGCCAGUAUGGUGACGCCAUUCAUAUCACAAUCGGCUGAUGUGUUCUUCGCAUUGCCUUUGUUUAUAUUGGGUGGCAUAGCAAUAACUAUUGCAUUUUUGUGUUUACUUCUUCCUGAAACUGCAGGAAGAGAAUUGCCUCAAACACUUGCCGACGGUGAAACAUUCUUCAAAGGUCAGAAGUUUUGGGAAUUUCCAUGCUUAAAAAGAAAUCAAGCUUCCGCAAGUGCCGCCACUUAA